CGAGCUGGCCACCAGGUGAGCGCUCCCGAGCGCUCCCAGCGCGUUUGCGGGCGGCCGUGCGUCCACCAGGCCAAGUACAGGUCAUGGAGCGGCGCCCGGGGGGCGGCACGGACCCUAGGGGAAGCAAAGGAGGCGGUGGCGGUCCCCAGCCCGAGGGCCCCCGCGCCAGACAGUUCCUGGCGCGGCUGCAAGCUCGCCCCCUGGCGGCCCGAGCUGCGGCCGACGUGGCGGCGCUGGUACGCAGGGCCGGCGCCACCUUGCGCCUGCGCCCCAAAGAGGCCAUUGGCAUGCUGUAUUCUGCCGAGAUAGAGGUCACAGACAAUCGCCUUCCUAAUGCCAGUUUCGUGGAGCAGCGUCCCCAGCAUCGUCGGUCAGAGACCAUGGGUAUACGUACUGCACCACCCCAAGUGACCCAGGGUAAAGCUCGUCCUCCUUUGAAGUCACCCCAGGCCUCUGGUCAGUUCUCUGUUGAACUCAUUCGCAGUUCCGCUGGCUUUGGCUUCACAUUAAGUGGAGGCCGAGAUGCAGGUGGGGAUGCUCCGCUGGCAGUGCGCCGGCUGCUGAAGGAUGGACCAGCUCAGCGCUGUGGUCGCUUGCAGGCCGGCGACCUCGUGCUUCACAUCAAUGGAGAGUCAACUCAGGGCCUCACUCACGUUGAGGUCGUGGAUCGCAUUCGUAGAGGUGGCCCCCGGCUUUGCCUUGUGCUUAGCAGGCCUCCUGAAACCCACCCUGGCAAGCCUGAGGUGGUGGGAAGGCCCCAGAAAGAAGAUGUCCUGCCAUCCCCAGAUCGCAUUCCAGAUCCUGGGGAACCAGAGAUGACGAAGACUCGCAGCGCCAGCACUUCUUCCCCACUUCAGCACCCACGACCCCGUAUGACCCCCCCAAACCGGGGCAGCCAGGAGCCUCGCCCAGAAGGGGCGGCCGACGGCCCCGCGGUUCCUGCUGCAGAGCGCCGCACGGAGGACCCCAACGACCAAACUCCGGAUUCUCCCGGACCCUGGCUGACGCCCAGCGAGGAACGGCUCUCGCGGGCCCUAGGGGUCCCGGGGGCCGAGCAGCUCGCCCUGGAGAUGGCAGCCGGAAGGCGGAGGCACUGAGCUUGCAGCGGAAGGCUCACUUGGCAUUUCCCAACCUACAUCUGGCGUGCUCCCCCUGCCGCUCACUUAGCAUCACUGGGAGAACUUCCUUGGUCUUGUUCCCGCCCCCCCGCCAUCCUGCUUCGCAGUCGACCCGCCCGCGCUCCCCUCGCGGCGUCAGUGGUAUGGCCCUUCCCAACCGGCCAGCCCGGCGCUUCUUGUUUCGGGGCCGGGGAGGUAAUAAAAUGGUUCA